UACCGUCUGCUGAAGGACGCGAAGAAGCAGCAGCUGGAGGGCGAGCUGGCGCCAGCCAUGGGCUGCUACAUGGGGCUGCGGCAGUCGGGCACCGUGCGCGUCGGCGACCCCAUCUACGUGGGCGAGCGCGCGCGCUAGUUACGCUUGUGGUUCAAGGUCUUCAGGGGGCAGCCUCACCAUCUGGUAAUGGUAUCAUGUGUAAUGGCGAACAAACAAUAAUAAACCCAAUCUAAAACAAAAUAUGAAUUCUAAUGGAGAAAUUAUAAAUGAAAAGAAAGAAAAAAAAUGUAAAUCGAAAGUU